AUGUCCUCACUAAAAGACGGCUUCAAGCACGUUGGCGAGUUCUUCUCUCUAGAUACCUUGGAUACAAGACUCGCCCCGUCGGCAAAUUCGGCCAAAAAGCAAAAUGUCAUCAAGAGAGCCUCGACACCUUCAAGAUUGUCGAGUCCCGAGUUUAAAUUCUACUACCUCGUGUUCGUCAUCGUGGUGCCAUUGAUGUUCAAAGCAGCAAUGGACGCGUCGAACGAAACCAACCCAAACUUUCCUCGAUUCCAGCACUUGUUGAGCCAGGGCUGGCUAUUUGGACGCAAAGUCGACAAUUCAGAUCAGCAGUAUCGCUUCUUUCGAGACAAUUUCCCCAUGCUAUGUGCGUUGAUUGGGAUCCAUGUCUCGUUGAGGAGAAUCUUGACUCCGGUCUUGUCCAUUAGCAAGAGAAGUUAUUUUGAUUUUGCCUUUGGAGUAGCGUUUUUGGUGGGUGCACACGGGGUCAACAUCGCCAAGAUUGGCUUUCAUUUGACCGUGAACUACGUGAUUGGAAAGUUUAUCAAGGACAAGAAAACUGCAAUCUGGGCGACGUGGAUCUAUGGUGUUUCGACCUUGUUUGUGAAUGAAUGGUAUGGCAAUUGUAAAUACGGAGUGUCAUUCAUGGACCACGGUUUCAAAGGUAUAAUUCCUCGCUGGGACGUUUUCUACAAUUUCACUUUACUUCGCAUGAUUUCAUUCAAUCUCGACUUUAUUGAACGCAAAAAUAAACUAAACGGUUUGGAAGAGAAAAGUGACCAACUUGUCAAUCUUGAUGAUCGCGAGAGAUUGGUUGCGCCAUUGCCGCUCAAGGACUACAAUGUUCUCAAUUACGUCGCAUACGUCACGUACGCGCCUUUAUUUAUUGCCGGUCCCAUAGUCACGUUCAAUGACUAUGUUUACCAGUCCAACUAUCAACAAGCAAGCACAGUCAAGGACUAUAGACGCAUAUUUCUUUAUUUGCUCAGGUUUGUCUUUUGCUUGUUGGUGAUGGAAUUUAUUCUUCACUUCAUGUACGUGGUUGCCGUGUCCAAGACCAAGGCCUGGCAUGGCGAUACGCCGUUGCAAAUCUCGAUGGUUGGCAUGUUCAAUUUGAAUGUCAUCUGGUUGAAGUUGCUCAUCCCGUGGAGACUUUUCCGAUUCUGGAGUUUGCUAGACGGAAUCGAUCCGCCCGAGAACAUGAUCCGUUGCAUGGACAACAACUUUUCAGCAUUUGCCUUUUGGAGAGCAUGGCACAGAUCUUUCAACAGAUGGGUCAUCAGAUACAUUUACAUCCCCAUGGGAGGCGGGGGAAGCUUCAGGAUCUUGAACAGCUUAUUGGUGUUUAGCUUUGUCGCCAUAUGGCACGACAUUGAAUUGAGGCUAUUGAUGUGGGGCUGGCUCGUGGUCUUGUUCUUGCUUCCCGAGCUCGCGGCAACGGUGGUUUUCCUGAGGUAUAAAGAGCAGUCGUGGUUCAGAUACUUGUGCGGAUUGGGGGCAGUGUUGAACAUCUGGAUGAUGAUGAUUGCAAACCUCGUCGGUUUCUGCUUGGGCAAAGAUGGCACUUUACAGUUGAUCCGCGAGAUAUUCAGGACGUUUCUGGGAGUCUCAUUUUUCGUCAUCUCGUCCUUCUGUCUUUUCGUUGCAUCGCAGGUCAUGUUUGAAUUGAGAGAAAGCGAGCACCGUACCGGUGUAGACGUUCGAUGCUGA